CGCUCGCUCGGCGCCGGCCCCGGAGAAAGUGGCGGUCAGUGAUGGAGCUGCUGCCAUGACAACCCCGGCGGUCGGGGCCCGCGCGCGUCGGGGCUGCUCCCGGGAGGAAGGCGGCGCGGAGGCCGGGGGCGGCCGCUGAGCGUGGCGUCCGCGCGGCUCCGGUGCCGGCUGCGCCUCGUCUUCCCUAGCCAGACAGCCAGCGAGCUAGGGGCCGCCGCGGUGCGCUCCGCCGGGCCGCUCCUGCCUCGGCCGCCGCCGCGGCGACUGCCUCCCCCGAGACUGGCCGAAUCGCAGCGGCUGCAGAGCGCAUUUCGGCUUGGAGGAAGUUGACCGAGGCUGCUGCCGCAGGAUCACCGGGUCCGGAUCGCACGAAGCCCGGCGGAGCCGCCUCCAGCGUGCCCCACUUUCCAUCUCGGCUAUUGUUACGGAUUGUUUUUCUCCUGGCGAUCUUUCCUUUGAAACUUACAAAGAAAGUGUUGGAUUUCCCCUUGUUCGAACUGAGGAAUUGCAGACCACCUCUGGGGAGCCGGAUCUGACCCACCCCCUGUCCCCUUCUGGUACCAAAGUGCUUACUCCACUCCAAAGUGCCAUGUCAGAACUGCUACCGGGAAGAAGGGGCUCUUGAGACGUGCCCACACCUUUGCACCUGCCUUGCGCUUCCCCUUUCUUGGCCGUCUUCCCCGGCCGAAGCAGCACCGAGGAAGCACCCCGUGGAUGUCCUCCGUGGAAAUUGGUUAUCCGAGGCCGGAUUCGGGGGAGGAAUAUUAGACUUGGAGGAGUCUGCGCGCUUUUCUCCUCUCGCGCCUCUCGGUCGCUGCUAGUUCACUGCUCGGUCCCUGAGCUCGCUCCUUCACCCCACCCACUUCCUGUGCUCGCCUGGGGGGUGUGUGCCUUGCAGCUGCCGGAGUUCUGGGAAGUUGUGGCUGUCGAGGAUGGGGGUCUGUGGGUACCUGUUCCUGCCCUGGAAGUGCCUCGUGGUCGUGUCUCUCAGGCUGCUGUUCCUUGUACCCACAGGAGUGCCCGUGCGCAGCGGAGAUGCCACCUUCCCCAAAGCUAUGGACAACGUGACGGUCCGGCAGGGGGAGAGCGCCACCCUCAGGUGCACAAUUGACAACCGGGUCACCCGGGUGGCCUGGCUAAACCGCAGCACCAUCCUCUACGCUGGGAAUGACAAGUGGUGCCUGGACCCACGUGUGGUCCUCCUGAGCAACACCCAAACCCAGUACAGCAUCGAGAUCCAGAACGUGGAUGUGUAUGACGAGGGCCCAUACACGUGCUCUGUGCAGACGGACAACCACCCAAAGACCUCAAGGGUCCACCUCAUUGUGCAAGUAUCUCCCAAAAUUGUAGAGAUUUCUUCAGAUAUCUCCAUUAAUGAAGGGAAUAAUAUCAGCCUCACCUGCAUAGCAACGGGUAGACCAGAGCCUACGGUUACCUGGAGACACAUCUCCCCAAAAGCUGUGGGCUUUGUGAGUGAAGACGAAUACCUGGAAAUCCAGGGCAUCACACGGGAGCAGUCGGGGGACUAUGAGUGCAGUGCCUCGAAUGAUGUGGCUGCACCAGUGGUCCGGAGAGUCAAGGUCACCGUGAACUAUCCACCAUACAUUUCAGAAGCUAAGGGGACAGGCGUCCCUGUGGGACAGAAGGGGACUCUGCAGUGUGAGGCCUCAGCAGUUCCCUCAGCAGAAUUCCAGUGGUACAAGGAUGACAAAAGACUGGUUGAAGGAAAGAAGGGAGUCAAAGUGGAAAACAGACCUUUUCUCUCAAAACUCAUCUUCUUCAAUGUGUCUGAACAUGACUAUGGGAACUACACCUGUGUGGCCUCCAAUAAGUUGGGCCAUACCAAUGCCAGCAUCACACUAUUUGAACUAAAUGAGCCUACAAGCUCAACUUUGUUGCAAGGCCCAGGCGCAGUCAGUGAAGUGAACAACGGGACAUCGAGGAGGGCAGGCUGCAUCUGGCUGCUACCUCUUCUGGUCUUGCACCUACUCCUCAAGUUUUGAUGUGAAUGCCACUUCCCCCGCUGGGGAGAAGCUGCCGCCGCCACCACCAACCCAACAGCAACUGGCAACUCCGACAGCAGCAAGAGCAUCCCCGUUUCUUAUCAGAUCUAAUCCAACAAAAUUCAGAGAAACAGAGCCUAAUGGGACACAAAUUCGAGGGAGGGGAACAAAGAAUAAUUUUGGGAAAACACAUUUCAAAGGGAAAUUGAAAAUCGCCUUGCAGGUCUUGCAGAUCAGUACGCACAGCUGAGUUUUCUUCCUUUGCCCAAACGGAAAGAAUGUGCACCCUGCUCUGGACCCACCCGAAGCUGCAUCAUGACCUGUUUGUUACCAGGGUGGGCAGGGCUCAGCCACUCCGCCCACUGACGCACCCCAAGCAAGGAAAAUUCUGGAGUCGGCUAUUCCCAAUUCCAUAGAGACGAACGCAGAAGGAGUCGUGCGGACCCAGAUGUGCCCCUGUGGUCCCGUUCAUAGACUGUGCCACUGUUGUGUGUGUUACAAAAUGCAAAAUUAAAGAAAAAAAAAUAAAAAGGAGACUAAACAAAACAGCCUGACAGCUACAACAAUCCCACAAUCAACAGUCACACACACAAAAAAAAAAGUUACACUUUUUUUGUUUGUUUGUUUUCAUUUUACUACAUGGACAUCAUGGAUAAUAAGGGAUUCUGGUUCAUUAUUAAUUUUAUUAAUUAUAUUUUCUGAUAUGAGUCUAGAAUUUAGUGCAAAAACAAGACAAGACUAAAAACAUACACAUAUGAAAGGUGAAGAGAAGUAUGUUUGUUAAACAUUAAAAAUAGUGUACUUCUAAACUAGGUUUACAACUGGUGGACCACCAGGCAUUAACCACCUGGUAAGGAUAUGUCAAAUCCACCAAAAAAAAAAAAAACCCACAUACGAUUUAACCAACAUCUCCACCAGCGCUACAGAUUUCUCCUUAUUCUGGCAUUUAAUGCAGAAAAUACUAUGCUUCUACAUGCUGUUUAGAAAUGGAAGGAUGAUCCACACUGUAUCUUGAGUUUGUUGGCUAUGCUUCUUUUGAUGACAUAUAUUAUACAGUAUAUAUAUACAUAUAUUUUUUUUGUUAGAGUUCUAGCCAUUUUAUUUCUCAGCAGGGUCCUUUCUCAGACAUUACUGCAUGCUGUAUAUGGCGUUAGCUGUGUGUUGAUCUUCUAAAAGAUGAUAGAGUUUACUGGUAAUUGUGUAAUCAGCUCCUGACUUUUUAUUUCCUUGGUUAUUUACACGUCAGAGACAUUUAUAAAAAGUGAAAAGAGAAAAUGAAAACAAAACAAAACAAAACACUAAUACUAGGCGCAGCAUCUUUUCCAGGUGUGGCUCUUGGAGGCCCGGACCUUGAUGGGAGGCCUGGCUUCUCUGUCCUGUCUUAGGGCAUAAACA